CGGAGGAGGAGGGGGGUGUAGAUUUGCUGAAUGACGGCUCGGUUUGUGUUGACACUUGAGAGCCGAUACAGCCUACGGGAAAUGCACAGGCCUACGUUACAUUUCCACCUUGUAAAGAUAAUAAGAACCGUCUAAUUCUUGCUUUUAACACCGGGAGAUGUUGGUGACCGUGCGGGGACUGCGCGACGGGUCUACACGGAGUCGAGGCGGAGCGGACGUUUUCGCAGGUUGAUGAUCCUCUUUCGGCACCGAGGAGACGAGCCAACACAAGUAAAUACAUGGUAUUAGUCUGUAUAGGCGGUUAGGCAGGCUUGCAUUAAAAGGAAGGAUAGGCGGUGCGAGCUAAUUCCUGGAAAUACAGACCUCCGGCCAGAAUGACACACGCUACGUUUGCAGGUUGGAGUUUAUUCGCUGAAGUUGACGCUCAGACUUGGGCUGCGAGCAGCGUGUAGGAAGCUUGUGUGCCAGGAAAAACACCAUCCGUCUUUCACGUUUGACAGAUAACCAAUCAAAGCUGUUAUUCAAAUCGGUGCUCUUAUGUCAGUGACCUAUAUCUCAUGCAUGUGCGCCAAAAGCCCACAGUAACCUCUCCGCCAGACCAGACAGCAUGGGGACCAACGGGCUAGACAACCAAGCGCAGCCGUCCGGCGGAGAGUCCCGGACGCAACAGCCGGCUCCGGGUCCUCAGAUGGAGCAGAGGGAUGCCCCUCAAGACCCAGACAAGAGAAAGGAUGACCAGGCGGACAGCAGCGAGAGUAAAAUCGUGAAGGAGGACAGCAAUACGCAGCUGGUCGAGACCGGGUGCAAGCCACCACUCACGCCGGGUUCGGACUUCGAGGCGGGGGUGCAGGUAGAGAAUCCCGGCCACGGAGCUGGCUUCGUCCCACCCGAAGGUGGUUUUGCUGGCUGGCUGGUGGUUUUUGCUGCAACCUGGUGCAACGGGUCGAUCUUCGGGAUUCACAACUCCUUCGGCAUCCUUCACAUGAUGCUGGUGAAGGAGCACACAGACCCUUUAGACCAAACAUCCCAGUUCAAAGUGGCCUGGGUUGGGGCCCUGGCCAUGGGCAUGAUCUUCUUCUGUUCACCUGUGGUCAGCAUGUUCACAGACCACUUUGGCUGUAGGAAGACGGCUGUGAGUGGGGCGGCGCUGGCUUUUAUAGGACUGCUCAGUACAUCGUUUGCAAAUUCCUUGAUCCUUCGCUACUUCACAUACGGCAUAUUGUUUGGCUGCGGCUCCUCCUUUGCCUUCCAGCCCUCAUUGGUCAUCCUGGGUCACUACUUCCGCCAGCGCCUGGGUCUGGCCAAUGGUGUGGUGACAGCUGGUGCCAGCCUCUUCUCUAUGGGCCUUCCGGUGUUACUCCAAGAGGUGGUGGAACCUUUGGGCCUCAGCAGAACAUUCCAGAUCCUCAGUGUCUUCAUGCUGAUCCAGGCUCUGCUGGCGCUAACGUUCAAGCCUCUGCUCCCUGCUGGGGGAGGCAUGGGCCCCCAAGGAAUAGGCCCCGACCAUGCCGAAUCCCAAACUCAAGCUGAUGCUCAGGGUGGAGGCAGGUGGAGCAGGGCGAUCACCACCAUCAGGAAGUACUUCAAUCUGCGUGUGUUUCACAUCGUCACAUACCGAGUGUGGGCGUUUGGAGUGGCUACAGCUGUAUUGGGCUAUUUCGUGCCAUAUAUCCAUCUAAUUAAUUUUGUAAAAGAACAGUUCAAGGAGACUGAAAAGGAGUGGGUGCUCCUUGUUUGCAUAGGAGCCUCAUCAGGAGUGGGACGCCUCACUUUUGGAAAGAUCGGGGACCUCAUUCCUGGUCUACGGAAAGUCUACAUGCAGGUGGUCUCCUUCAUUGCUCUUGGCUUGAUGUCCAUGAUGAUUCCUCAGUGCUCGGUGUUCGCCGGGCUGGUGGUUGUGUGUGUGUUUCUGGGACUGUGUGAUGGAUGCUUCCUCACCAUGAUGGCUCCCAUAGCUUUCGAGCUUGUCGGGCCCAUGCAGGCCUCGCAGGCUAUAGGUUACCUUCUUGGCCUCAUGUCUAUCCCUAUGACUGCGGGUCCACCUAUCGCUGGUCUCCUGCAUGACUAUUUUGGGAAUUACACAGUGGCCUUCUCCCUGGCUGGUGUGCCUCCGAUGGUGGGGGGCGUGGUGCUGUUCUUUGUGCCCCUGAUCCACCACAGGCUCCAGCGAGGUCAGGCGUCACCAGAGGAGAUCUCCACAACUGCCCACAUGUUGCCCAGCGCCCCACCGGCCGAGGAGCCCAAGAGCUGCUCCAAUGGGGACAUCCUGCCCGGCUAUACUGAUGUAGAGACACACAUCUGAUCGCGUCAUACAAAGGGAUUCAGCCCACCAGCACCUUUUCUCAUCCAUAAAUUGCCCUCCACCUAACCAGAAGUCUCAACUGUGGAUUUCCUGUUGGCUGAUCUUUAACCUGCAACCCUCCAAGACCCCCCUCUUUGGCUAUUUUCUUUUUUUUUUUUUAAAUGCGAAGAGAAGUGGACUAUGCUCUGGCGACAAGCCACGGAGUGGAUGUAAAGAGGGCACAUCAGCGUCGGAGGUGGAUAAAAGCAGAAAAGCACAACGUAGUCUAAUCUAGAAUCGUUGUAACACAUACCUCCAAGAGGAACUAAAUGAAGACUAAAAAGCAGUUUUUCUGAUUUUAUAGCAUUUAAUCGUGCUACCUUAGCUUUUGAAGCUGUAAAAAAGAUACACUUUUGUUUUUAGAUCCUACUUCUGAGAUGAAGAGGUAUAUAAAAUAACAACUAGUGAAGGGAUAAAGUCAAAAUGUCUUCAUGUUGUACCUCAGACAUUUGAUUUCUUUUUAACACAAUGUGUUUUAUUUAGUUUGAGUAGUUAAACACGGUUAUAUCUUAAAUGAUUUGCAGCUUUGCUGUAUUCGGCUCUGCGCUUCUGCCUGUGUUUUCUGCUGUGACAGCUAGAAGAGAAGCAUGCGUACUGGUUGUACAUGUCACAGGAGGUAACAGAUAUUUCUACUAGUACAUGAGCCAGCAGAUACAAUCCACCUCAGCUCAGCUGCACAUGAGUUUUAGACCCUGGCUGCACUGUGUGUUCACACCCCGCGGUCUAAAACUUCAGCAAAAUUUUCACCAGUCUGCCUGCAAGGAGGACGUGUGUAAUUGUGGCAGCUGUUGAUUCCACUGAUUCAUAUGCAAUGAACCUUAGUGUUUUAGACCUGUUACCAGUUUUCAAUGUUGGGUCAGUGACUUUUCAACACCACAGUUAAUAGAGGGUAUUUCCUCCUGAGUCUGUAAAGCAUUAAUGUUUUUUUCUCACCAAACUAAAUUUUUUUAGCAGGGUGCUACACAAAUCUGAAUUAACUGUGUCCGACACAGCUUUGAAAAAUAACUGACAACAGUUUUGUGCUUUAUAGGUGUGGAAAGAGUUGGAGUCAAGCAGUUGUUAUGGGAACUUAAUGGCUGUGAAAAACAUAGACUUUAUUCAACUUUGCAAAAGGCAUUUUGUUUGAAAGUGUAUGUGUGUGUGGUUGCCUAGUGAUCUUAGUAAGGACUAGUUUGAGUUUUAGACCACUGAGCGAGGACAUAUUGGCAAGCCCUCGUGUUUUCACGUCCUUUCUGCCUGUUUAAAGGUUAUGAUGCGGCCUAAGGAUUGUUUACAAGAAGGUUAUGGUUGGGGUGUUGGUUUGGAUGGGUAGGACUAAGGGUAGGGAUGAUGUCAGUCAUGCAUCCUGUGCGUGUGUGAAUCUCCAUUUAAUAUUAGAGGCAUUUAUUUAAUAUGAAACUAAGUUGGGGUCUGUUGAUAAAGAGGGGGGAGAGAUUAAAAACUGCCAAAUGGCUCAAGCCCUCAUCAGGCCGUCUCACAGAUAAUCCAGCCAGUUUGCUGCUUUAAUUUAGCAUCACUACGACGGCAUCACUCAUUGUUUUUGCAGAAAUGGAAAAAAGGAGACAAAGUUGCAAUCUUAUUGAGAUACAGUAUUCCCUCGGGAGGACAAUCUGUAGUGGUAACUACCACUUACCACUUUGGACCACUUACCUCUGCGCUUUUAGAUUGCAGGUUCUCCUGAACGACGGACUUCAGCGAACAGACGUGAAGUAGAGCUGCAAUAAUCAGCUGUUUGAGUUACACAGUACUACGUGGUUCUAUGCAUAACUGAAUCGCAAAGGGGGGAAUGCCGUGGCAUUCAGCUGGUGUUUCUUUGUUGGUUUCCCCUCCUUGCUUUCACUGCCAUUACUCAGUCCGCUCCUGCUUGACAACAGAUCAGAGCAUAAAAGCUGCACAAACCUCACUGCUGAGUGUAGUUUUUAUAUGGACAAGUGGUUCUGGAUAGGAAACAUACACCUGUACCUCAGUAAUUACACAAUCCUCAGCAAUCCAGUUGAACACUUUGACAUUCUCCAUUAUUUUAUAACGUUGCUGUUCUGUGUUGAGAUUUUUCUUUUUUUUCUGUUACAGUCCGAGAGCCACAAAACUGCCAGUCAGUCCCGCUUCCUCCAAAACCUCACGAGUGUCUGUUUAGGUACCACAAAACAGUUGGUGCGUAAACAGUUGACAGAUCCUCUGCCUUCGUAUCCGUUUACUCUGUUGUUUUCAGUCCUCAGCAUUCCCGCUCUUCCUACACAUUCACUCAUUGUCUUCACCGCGAAUUCUCUUCAUGAAAUUGUCUGCAGCUGAAGAAAUGCUGUUAUUUAAUCGUCAGAUAUACUUAAUAAGAUGGAAUAAAAGAACAUAAACAGUUUAUAUAAUGAUAUGCGCAUGUUGGGAAGCAAAAUCACAUGUCUCUAGUUUGAGGUCUAAGGCUUUGUUAGAUUUUACUGGCAGUGCAAACGGUUGUUUACAUAAUUUGCAGCUGCUGCUGGCCAAUAAAAAAAUAUGGUGGUAAUUAAAAAUGAUGGGUUUACACCAGCCAUAUAAAAUAACAGUUUAACAUGAUAUUAUAGUCUCCAAGCAAAAACUCUCUUAUUUAAUUAAAAGAGUCACCUGCUGCCCAACAGAUUUUGUAAUUAAGUAUUAUAAAUGAUUUCAGGAGAUGCUUCUAGAAGUGCAAAUUCAGCAUCCUUAUAGAGUUGGUUUAUAUUUAUAUGAGUGCAUCCACCCAUAUGUAAAUAUGAAAUUUGAUGAGGCAAAUAUUAUUAUAUAAACUAAUCUUUUUUGUGUACAGCGUCAAUUCUACUGCUGCUCAAACUAAGGGCCUGUGUCAUUUAUAUUCCACAGACUGGUAAAAAAAAAAGUGAGAUAAAGCUAAUGUCGCAAGAUUAUGUCCUCUUGGGUGACCCCCAGUUGUGAAAAGUGAUUUUUCUUUAUGCACCAUUUGUAUCCGUCCAAACAAAAUGUAAUAGAUUUCUUUUCUUUUUUUUCGGUUUUUAGCAUGUCAUUGACUGUGAAGAUACAAUUUUUGCUUUUUUCUUAAUUUUGAGUAUGUUGGCAUCGUGUUAGUGUUUUCCAAAUCACACUUUUGAAGACGAAAACAAGACAUUUGAGUCACAGCAGAAACCUAAAUUGUGAAAACUUGUCUGCCUUACAUUUACCUAAAGCUGGUAGCCCGGCUGUACUCGUGACCGGAAUUUGUUUCCAGAUUUGAGACCAGAAUUAAAAUCGUAACAUUUUCAAAUAUACCUGUGCUACUUUUCUACUGAUUAUUUUUCAUUUUUUAACAGCUUCAUCCAGUUUCUGGUCAGAAGCAGCUGAAUGCUUCUUAUUUUGUAACCUACUGUAGAUUAAGAUACAGAAAAAUGACAUAUAUUAUUAUAAUUCUUUUAAAUUAAUCAUAAAUAAGAUUUUUUUUGUGAUACUACUGGAAAGAGAACUGUUGAGUUAGUUUGUGUGUCCGGUUCUGAAGGAAUACAUAAAGGCGGAACACCCAAAUGAAUGAAAAAUGUGUAUGGUUACAGGGUGUCUGCUUGGCUUAGCAAAGCCGUUUGAUCUAUGCAGAAUCACUGGGUUUGUGGUCCACUUCAUGAGACUGCAUUAAUUUCAUUCUGAUCAUGUCAGACUGUAAUAAUGAAUGCUUACUUGGACUACAAGUUGCAUUUGUCUCUGUAGCACUCAAAGCUGUAGCCGGUAGUAGUUCAGGAACAGCUAAACCUACAGUAGAGCCCCUUUUACUUUACCUAAACUAUGUAUGUACUACUAACACUACUACUUGUUUUACUUAAUGUUUUCUUUUUAAAUACUUUGUAUUAUUAGAAAGUUUUGAGCUGUUGUCAGACUUGUCACUGUUCCCCAGAAAGCUUCACCUUUUUCUCCUGUGCUGCUUGUGACACACUAUGCAUGUCGCAGCUUCAAAGAGGCACAUUAAACUCUAACGUACACGUGAAAAGACAAAGCUAGCAUGAUUCCCUAUGUGCUUUCUUGGUUGUUUGAUUCUUACAAAAACCCAUAGAAAUACAGGUCAGAUAAACUAAAUGUGAUUAUACUGUGUCAUAUUUACUUGCUUUUUCUUUAGUUAAUUUUUUUUAAAAUAAUAGCAUCAUUUCUUCACCAUUUGCAGUAGCAAGCCUUGUUAUUCCGCUGUGCAAUGUGUCAUUUUGCUGCUCUUCAGACCUCAAUCCCUGCUUACUGUGUAACAUCUAAAACAAAUAGUAUGUGUUAAAGCAUAGCUGAGGGUCUCUAUAUUAUACGCUGAGUCAUGAUUUGCAGAUUACUAUGGAUCCCUUCCAGGAAGAACACAAUAUUACAGGAUUUUUUUUUCUUAGGUGCUUUUGGUCGCACAUGCAUAAUGUAUAGACCUUUCCAUGUUCCACUUAACGGUCAAACGUUUCGAGCACUCCCUCCAUUUUCCAGGUAUUAAUUGAGAUUUAAGCACUUAAUGUCUAUUGACCGUAAAUGGUACAAAGGUAAGCAGUAAAUUGAAACAAAAACUGAAUUAAGAAAAUAAUUUCCAGUAGCGUUGCAGUUCAACUUAGCUUUGAAAGUAGAUGCAAACAAUUUCUCUAGAGACGGCCAAACAUCGAAAGGACCCAGAGGGCCAGCUUCAACAGGAACUUUCUGUUAUUUAAUUGUUAGGGUAUUAUUUACUUGGUCAUGAGGGAGUUCUUUAUCAUUAGUAAAAGAUGUAAAACAAUUAAAAAAUGAUUCAUGUCCUCCUUCACAUUUUUCAAAGCUGUGCAGUGGGCCAGAUUGGAGUCCUUGGCGUGCCUAUCCCUGCCCUUGAGCCUUAUAUUUGACACCACUGGUUUAGACAUUAUGUGAUGUAAAUAGCAAUAACUGGAAAAGUAGAGGUGUGCUAAAACUGUUGACUGAUUCAGUACGUUGUCUGUAUAGUUCUGCAGUGAUGCUCAGCUGAGACCUCCUCACAGUCUUACAUAUUUCAGUACAGGGAUCUACUUAACCUUCCUUCUCUAACCUCCAGCAAGGUUCCUGCAGUUAAACCUCUAUGGCCUCUCUUCACUUCUUAAAGCUGCCACCUUUUGUCCUUCUGUUUCACACAAGCUGUACUUUUGCACAAAAACAAGAAGCUUUUUUUAAAAAUAUAUCUAUCCGUUUUAUUCAUUUUACAAAAUGAUCAAACAAGGCCAGUGACAUCACAUGAUCUGAGAUUAAGUCAUGCUGCUAGAAAAAUGUAUGGAAUUUUUUUUUGUCAUAAUUUUGAAUCUGUAUCAAAAGAGGCACAUUUUUUUUUAUUUCUAUUAAACCAAUAAUAAAGAUGUAAUAUUGCAACUCA